GGGCAGCUCUGGAAACUACAAGUUGUGUACUAAUAUUAAACCAAACCCGAAAAACCUCUCAUUUUCAAGAAAAAAAAGCUGUCAUUUUUGUGAUUCCCUUUCAAAAUGGAAGAAUACCCAGAAGCCAGAAAUUUGGAUUCAAAUCAAAGUUUGAAUCUUUAUGAUGAUGAUGAUGAUAUCAGAACAUCAUCAAAGGAUUAUAAUUGCUGCAGCAAAGUUGAGAUGUUGAUACGGAUGGUGAAGUUCACUGUGUUUUCUUUGGUUUUAGCCUUGUUUUUUUCUUUCUUCUCUUUAUUCCCUCAUUCCUUUAGUGUCUAUUUUUCCACUUUCAUGUUCUCUCUUCUCAACCAUGCCAUGGAGAGAAAGUAUAUGUUCUUAAUUUGUAAUGGAAUCCUGUUUCUUUUAGCCACUUCCUCUGUUAUUGAAGAUUCUUCUUCUUCUUCCUCUUCUUUUGGGACUUGUUCAUUUAAUUCCCAUUCUGAUCAUCAUCAUCAUCAUCAGCUUGAACAUGAUCUUGUGGCUGCCAUCGAUGGGUCUGAUUCUGAAGAAUCAGUACAGCAAAAUCAAGAAGAAGAAGAAGAAGAAGAAGAAGAGAUUCAUAGAGAUGAAUUAGAGGAAGAAAUGGAAGAAGAUGAAGGGUGUUUUACAGAUGAGGUUGAAGAUGAUGAUGAAGAAGAAGAAGGAAAAAGGAGGGAAUUAGAGGUAGUGGUGAGCACAGAAGAAUUGAACAAGAAAAUAGAAGAGUUUAUUAGGAAAAUGAAGGAGGAAAUGAGGAUUGAAGCAGCUCAAACUCAACUCAUUGCAGUAUAACACGUCGGAGAAAGCCUUACACCUGACGCUUGCAAAAAUCUCCUUGGGAGUAUAAUGAGAUUUUCCAAUUCUACUUUUACAUAUUCGUUGGUAGUCCGGUUUGAUCUUUUUUUCCAACUAUAUUUUCCCAUGGUUUGUAAAUGCCUGUCGGGAGAUAAUGUUACUUUUGACGUCAAUGGGUAAAAAACUGGAGUUGAUAUCUUAAAUCUUGUGGGUCAUGUAGUAUGUAAUUAUAAUGUAUACAUAAUUUUAUUUAUUCAAUAAAAUAUGAGAUAUUUUAUUUGA